AUGUCGAGUGAGUUCUCAUCCUCCAUCUGGGAGCUGAAUUCUGGAGGCCGAGGUACAAUCAGAUCAGCUGUGAACAGCUUACAUAGCAAAUCUAAUAGAGCUGAAGUUGUAAUAAAUGGCUCCUUGCCUCCAGCGGUUGUUGACAGAGGUAAUGAAAGCAUGAAGCACAGCCCCCACCCCGCCACCUCCACCUGGAGACACAACCAGACCCUGUCGCUGAGGAUCAGGAAACAAAUCUUAAAGUUCUUGGAUGCCGAGAAGGAUAUUUCUGUCCUCAAAGGGACGCUGAAGCCAGGAGAUAUCAUCCAUUACAUCUUUGACCGGGACAGCACGAUGAACGUGUCUCAGAACCUCUACGAGCUCCUCCCCAGAACGUCCCCUCUGAAGAACAAGCACUUCCGGACUUGUGCCAUCGUGGGCAACUCGGGGGUCUUGCUGAACAGCGGCUGCGGCCAGGAGAUUGACACACACAGCUUUGUCAUAAGGUGCAACCUGGCCCCGGUGCAGGAAUACGCCCAGGAUGUGGGGCUUAAGACGGACCUAGUGACCAUGAACCCCUCAGUCAUCCAGCGGGCCUUUGAAGACCUGGUCAACGCCACGUGGAGGGAGAAGCUCCUGCAGCGGCUGCACGGCCUCAACGGCAGCAUCCUGUGGAUCCCGGCCUUCAUGGCCCGCGGAGGCAAGGAGCGUGUGGAGUGGGUGAACACACUCAUCCUGAAGCACCACGUCAACGUGCGCACCGCCUACCCAUCCCUGCGCCUGCUUCACGCCGUGCGAGGAUACUGGCUAACUAACAAAGUCCACAUCAAAAGACCCACCACCGGGCUCUUAAUGUACACGCUGGCCACACGCUUCUGUAAUGAAAUCUACCUCUACGGAUUCUGGCCCUUCCCACUCGAUCAGAACCAGAACCCCGUCAAGUAUCACUAUUACGACACGCUCAAGUAUGGCUACACCUCGCAGGCCAGCCCCCACACCAUGCCCUUGGAGUUCAAGGCCCUCAAGCAUCUGCACGAGCAGGGAGCGUUAAAACUGACCGUGGGCCAAUGUGAUGGGGCCACGUAG